AUGGAGGAAGAAGGUGAGCUUGAUGACCUAUUGACUUACGAGGGAGAUGAAUGGGUCUUUCGCAUGGAGAUGCCGGCAAUUUUCCACAAGUUCAUUGUUGGUUCUCGUGCCAGGAACAAACAAAAGCUGGAAAUGGAGUCUGGCUGCAAGAUCGUAGUCCCCAAACGGGAGGAGCUGGAAGAUGCUGUGUACCUCAGAGCGAGGCAGAAGCAGCAGAUCUACAGCUGCAAGGCUCUAAUUGAGCUGCUUUGUGAGAAGGAGGAAGCCAAGUUGGAGUACACGCACUUCAUCUCGGUGCCCUUGGCUCACGAUGACAAGUUCCGACAGCUGGUGGACCAGUUCCGUGAGGAUGUGGUCCUCCAGCGCUUUAGUGGAAUUGAUGCAUCGAUCUUCAUGCCUUCCAGGCGAAUGCAUUUUACCUUGUGCAUGCUGAAGCUCCACUCUCAUGCACAAGUGGACGAGAUGAAAGAGGCUUUGCAGGAUUUGUCGGCCCGGUUGUCUGCUACCUCUGACUACGCACGGCCAGUGACUGCGAACAUGAAGGGUUUGCACAUCAUGACGGACGACCCAACCAGUGUUGGAGUGGUCUACACCACGGACAGAUCAAGUGCUUUGCAGAAUCGCAUGAAUGCACUGUCUGACAGCAUGUUCGAGCUCUUCCAGGCACGAAACCUGGUCUCGUCCCAGAGCCUCAUGUCUCAACGGUUGCUCUCAUCGGAUGGACAGCAUGCAGAGGUGAAGCUCCAUGCCACCUUGAUGAACACAAAGUAUGCGCGCUCCCGUUUUGAGGAGCGAAGCGAAAGAGAGACCUUCGAUGCGAGCGUCCUCAUGGAGCGCUUUGGACAGGUGAAGCAGAUUGUAGGUGGCACCUUGAAAGAGGAUUCCGAGUCCUUGGUGACCAAUUUUGAGGCUUCUCAGCCCUCGAGUUUCUUUUCCGAGCUCUACAAAAAGGAUGGCCUAGGUGGUGGCCAUGCCAUCAUGCUGGGUGCGUCUCCGGAAAACAAAGCCACUGCAUUGGAAGCUUUGAAAGCAUACCCUGGAGGCUUGCAGGUCGGUGGCGGAAUCAAUACGGAAAACGCUCUUGAGUACCUCGAUGCUGGAGCUAGCCAUGUGAUUGUGACAUCCUUUGUUUUCCAUGAUGGAAAGAUGGACAGAGAUCGACUUAAUGCGCUUGUGAGCCUAGUUGGUAAGAGCCGCCUGGUGUUAGAUCUGAGCUGUAGACGGGCUGCCAGCGAGGGCCGUCCAGUCUACAAAGUGGUCACUGACCGGUGGCAGAAGUGGACAGACUUAGAGGUUACGGAGGACACGUUGAUGGAACUCUCCAAACAUUGCGAUGAGUUCCUGGUACAUGGAGUGGAUGUGGAGGGCCUUCAGAGUGGCAUCGAGGAGCCUUUGGUGCAAAUCCUGGCCAUGUCUCCCAUCCCAGUGACGUAUGCUGGUGGCGUUCGAUCGCUGGAGGAUAUGGAGAGGAUACGUACUUUAGGUGCCGGCCGUGUGGACGCCACCAUCGGAAGUGCCCUCGACAUUUUUGGUGGCAAGCUGCCUUACCAGGAGGUUGUGAAGUGGCACUACGCAGAGCAGAAAACUGCUACAGAACCGGACCAGUAG